AUGAUUUGGCCUGAAGAGAAUUACCCAGAGAGAGAGUCCAAUCGAGCUAGAAAGAGAAGACUCUUCCCAAAGAUUAUCCCCAAGACAGAUAACUCAGGAAAGUUUGUUGUGCCUUGUAUCAUCAAAGGUAACAUUCUUGAGCAAUCUUUGUGUGACACAGGAGCCAAUGUGAACAUCAUGUCUAAGAGGAUAGCUGACAAGAUAGGCCUCACCAAGAUAGAGCCAUCAUCCAUCUCCAUCAACUAUGCUGAUUCAUUCUCACAAACACCCUAUGGCUUUGUGCCUAAUGUGAUGGUGCAGAUUGGAAAUUGCUCUAUCCCUACUGAUUUCCAGAUUGUGGAAAUGAGAGAGAGUAGCCAUAGACCUCUCAUAUUUGGAACCCCUUUCCUGUCUACUGUGGGUGCCAUAUUUGAUUUCCCCAAUCAAAGAAUCUCUUUCAACAAGGUGAACAAGGGUAUGUUCUUCCCUAUGUGUUCAACAAAGAACUCUUUUGUUGACAUGGUCCAAGAGGAGAAAGCUACUUUGAAGCCACCCCAAGAAGGAGAAACUGAAGAAACAAUCAAGGAAGAUCCCAUUCCUAAGCCCAAGCAGCUUGCCAAACAAGCAAGGAGUAAGACUAAGGCCCCUACACCAAAACCGCCCAAGGGAUCAACCAAGAUUGAAGAUGAGGCCAAGCCAAGAAGGAAGGUUAGAAAACCUAGGUCUGGCCGCAACAUGAAGCUUCUAUUCCCAGAGGAGCUUAUUGAUGAGAAUCUAGAAGGAUUCAAGGAGAAAGUGACAAGAACUCUAAAGCUUUUUCCUAAGGCAGUAGUGCCAAGGGACAUUCAUGGAGAGAUUGUCUAUCCAGCUGUGAAUCACCCACCAGAUACUCAUUGCAAGGAGAAAAGACUUGGAGGAUCAAGGAUGCCUCUUGUCUCCAUCUUCUCCUGA